CCAAAAUUGUGGCGGAGGUUUUCGCCCCAGCUGAGAACUUCACCUGUGUUGACUGUCGGCAAGUUAUGAGACCAAAAUUCGUCUUCCCUUCUCUAGAACCAGACUAGUUCGAUUGUUUAUUAUCAGAUGAUAGUCGUCUGUACCACCGUUCGGUAUACCCCCCGGCAAGCAGGCACCAGAACUUACAAGUUGUGGCUGAGACAUUUGCGAACCUUACUGGACACAAAGACUUACCCGACGCUCUAUGGAAAUCAGCAUGCGUAAGGCGACAAUGACGACAAAGCAGACACGAGACAAAGGAAACAUGAUUGGUCAGGUCGACUCUGCCUUCUAUUAAAUGAGCUAAACUGCGUGCAUCUUGUAUCAGCAAGUCUACUAUUUUGAGGGUAUUCUUUCACCAAGUACGACAACCAGAUAUACCCACCACCUAAACCCACUACCGAUCUUUCCCACAACAAAUUACUUUAGUCUAUCCAUCACCUUCUAAUAUUUCUCACUAAAAUGCUCAACAUACCAUCCCCAUUCUGGGGCGCAAAGCCCAAGCCGAAGAAGGAGCCUGGCCGUGUCACCAGCACAGAAGCCCACAUACACUACGAGGGACACUCGAUGGUCAUUGACAUCGCCCUCCGCCCCCAGAGUGACACCACGUCUCCCUCUGCCAGUUCCAAGGCCACAGUAGACAGAGACUACGACGAAUUCGUGACAAUGGCCAUCCGUAUUCACUCACACCUGCUCGAAGAGUUCCAGCGCCACAAGGCGGCGUGGAGAGCCAAAGCCUCGGAGGAGUACGGAACCAAAGAUCAAGACGACGCUCAGUCCAGUGGUGCUCUUGAGGGCGCCGAAGACAACCUCUCUGCAGAAGUCAUCUUCGGACCGGAGUGGGCGGAGCGUGAGGAGCUCCUGCAGCACCUUGCGGCCGAGACUGAACGCAGAGAGGCUGAAUACGAUGCCUUGAUGGAGGAGUUUUGGGUGUUGGGCUUCUUUGACAAGAAUGGAGAGAUCGAGAACGAAAACGAGCUGGGAAAGAUACGAUCCCAGGACUGGGGUGAGGUCGAGCCCGUCGAGGAGUACUGGGAGCACGUCAAGGUGGAGGGUAUGAUGUACUGGGAUGACGGCAUGGGGAUGCGGUCCGGCGAAAGUUUUCAGGGGGAUAGUUACGACCUCGGGGAGGACAGCCUUACGCAAGACACUGUCUUGCGGUCCGUCGAUGGUCCGGCCGAUGAAGAGAUCGCGGCUGAGAUGGGACAGGAAUUUUCAGAGGUUUUGGAAGAUGAGCAAACAUAUCCCGCUUCUACCUUUACUAUUGGCGAAGGAUCCGAUGUAGGGCAAAGUCCGGAUGGAUCUUGUCCUGGGUGUGCUGCCGAGGAAUAUCCAGGAGUAAGUCCAGGCCGCUUCCCCGAGACCGGCACCCACGACAACCCAUCUCGUAUGGAGAGGCAUCGGGUUUCGUCAGUUCCGCCAGAGCCCAAGCCCAAAGAGAACUAUAAGGUGUCAAGGUCAGCUUAGUGCGAUUGGUUUGAGGUCAUAUAUGAUGAAGACUCCGCUCUCGACUGGCACACAAAAAACUGUGGUUCUCUUGCUGGACUUGAGAAUAGCUUCAUUUGUCAAUCAAGAAGAGACCUGAUCUUGUGUCCGAAUAUUUUGAGAAGAACAGAGCAUCUCCCAGAUACUGGAACGAUUACAAUCAAGGCCCGUACCUUUCGACAGAAGCAAAAGAACAAAAGACUUGUGCUUAACGGAAUCUGAAUCAUGU